AUGCCAGCCCCAGGAUCCGGAGCCUCACUUCUUGCUGACGUUUACUUGGAAGACUGCAAUCUAGGAUUCACCCCGCGAUGGGAGUUCCAGCCCGAUCUUGACAUGAUGAGAAUGACGAUCCAAGCCAUCUUUCGCACCGAAAACGUACACAUCAAGCAUUUCGCCGAAGGUUGCUUUAACAAACUCUACGAAGUUCAGGUCAACGAUCAAGCCCCGCUAUUGCUGCGCGUUGCGCUCCCUGUCGAUCCGCAGAACAAGACCAUGAGCGAAGUUGCUACAAUCCAAUGGGUCUCCGCGAUUACAGACCUUCCGAUCCCGAAGGUCAUUCAUUACGAUGCGUCGCGCGAUUCUCCCAUUACUUAUGAAUGGAUCUUGAUGAGCAUGCUCCCGGGCGCGCGGUUGCAGGUCACAUGGCGGCACCUCACUCUUCUCCAAAAGACCGACACCGUCCGCCAGAUCGCAUCUUUCAUAGCAUCUCUCUUUCGUGACAAAUUCGCGACCAUUUGUAACAUCUACCCUCCCGUAUACGAAAGUGGAUUGCCAAGGCCCGGCCCAAUUGUGUCUACUUGCUUCUUCUACGGCCUCAUUAACAAAUCCGACAUUAACCGAGGACCGUUUCGGAACAGCAGCGAGUGGUUUGCAUCACGGCUCGAGGCGACUAAAAGGGAUGCGACAGCGACUAUGGCAAAGUGGUGUGGAAAGGGAAACCUUGACUGUGAUGCGGUCAAAGAGAUCGACGAUGCUGCCCGAACAUUCGGCAUCGCCGAGAGAUUGCUGCAUCUGAUCCGGCGCAUCUUUUCAUUUCACGCUGAAGCAGAGACCACAGUUCUUUACCACGAUGACUUACACGGGAACAACAUUCUUGUCGACGAUGCAGGGAAUAUCACAGGCAUUGUCGACUGGGAGUGUGUGUCCAUCGUCCCCCUGUGGAAAGCAUGCGGCAUCCCCCAAUUCCUCUUUGAACAACCACGAUGGACUGAACCUGAUCGCAGACGAUACCGCCACGAUGCGACCGGCGAGAUUUCCGAAUUAUACUACAAGCAUUUACACCAAUACGAAACCACACGCUUGCGAGAGGUGUUCUUGGGAGAAAUGGAGCGACUUGACCCGCGAUGGAUGGACAUUCACAAAAAGACGCAAUUGCUCAGGGACUUCGACUUUGCCGUGCAGUUUUGCGACGAUGUCGCCGUUUUGAAGCACAUCGUCCAGUGGGCUGAGGCUGUGGAGGCUGGUGGGGAUGUUCCGAGGAUGUGGGAGCUGGUAUGGGCGAAUGCGCUCAAGUAUUGA